CCAUAAAAGCUGUCGCUGAGCCAGAAAGCUUCAACCAAGGCUCAUAAGAUAGCCAACAAACUGUCGUUGUACAUGUAGCUAUCUCGCAUAUUUCUGCGGAUUCAAAAUGGAUUCGGAAACAGAGUGUUGCAAAUGUCACCUCUUGGAUUUGCCCUGGGAGGAUGUGUUGGUAACACACAUCUUCUGCUACCUGCCAUUACGCCAGCUGGUGCGGCUACAGAGAGUGAGCAAGCAGUUCUAUGCCCUCAUCCAGGUGUACCUGGCCAACUGUCGCACCUUUGACCUCACACAGAUAGGGCCUAGCCUUCCCAAGGAGGCAUUCUGCAACAUACUAAGGGACAACAAAGUCCUACAGAACUUGUCCGUCCAGAACUGCUCCGAUUGGGUGACUGACACGGAACUGCUGCCUGUGAUUGGCCAGAACCAGCACCUGCUGAGAGUAGACAUGAGGGGGUGUGACCGGCUGACCCGUCACUCCUUAGUAGCCGUGUCGUUGAGCUGCACACACCUGCAGCACCUGGGCCUGGCCCACUGUGAAUGGGUGGACAGCCUGUCCAUACGCAGCCUGGCUGACCACUGUGGGGGCCUGAGGUCCAUCGACCUGACCGCCUGCCGCCAGCUCAAAGACGAGGCCAUCUGCUAUUUAUCCAAGAAGUGUCUGAAGAUGAGGUCGCUGUCUGUGGCGGUCAACGCCAACAUUACAGACGUGUCUGUGGAGGAAGUGGCCAAGAACUGCAGGGAGCUGGAACAGCUGGACCUGACAGGCUGCCUGAGGGUUAGGAACGACUCCAUCAGGACUGUUGCAGAGUACUGCCCCAAGCUGCAGUCUCUGAAGGUGAACCACUGUCACAACGUGACUGAGUCCAGUCUGGACCCCCUGCGGAAGAGGAACGUUGAGAUUGACGUGGCGCCACCACUACAGAGGGCCCUUGUGCUGCUGCAGGAUGUGGUGGGGUUCGCUCCCUUCAUCAACCUCCAGAUCUAGGCUAAAGUACAUCUGUAUUACUCAUCCAACCAACUGGAAACAGGUUUUCCUCCACUAGGAGAAUGACCUGUUUCAAUUGAAACACACCCUGUGUGCUGGGACGUCAAUUAAGCAAUUCAAGGACAAACAAAAACGGAUGUAUAUGGGAAAUAUAUUGUAGAACUUGUCUCUUAUUUAUUACAGUGAUGUUGCAGAUUAUAAUUAUGCACUUAGGAAAAGACUGAAGGAAGCCAUGCACUUUUCAGUAACGCUGUCAUGAGUCCAAAAGAUUCCUGCAGUAUUUAUUUGUAUUUCAUCACACCCUAACAACACUUUAGAUGUUCUUGUGAUCUAUAGCUUUAGAAAAGGACCAUUCCAACCAAAGGAGAAGACGUAAAUAUAAGAGCAUAUUGUUGAGUUUUUGUGUGUUUAUUGACAUGUUACUCUGCUAAAUGUAUGAUACAUACACCUCUAAAUGUUUCAUUCAGAUUAGCUAGGUGAACUUUUUAUAUUAGGUAAAUAAACGUUUUAUAUUGUGUGUUUGCAUUGACCUUACAUUGACUGAAACUAUGCUCUUACAAUAUCCUUUUUAAUGGUAGUUGAGCUGAUCAGUUCAGGCCUGGCCCACCAUUUUGUUAAAAUGUCAUUUUAAAAUGUUGUAAGAAUCUGGAUACCAUGAUCUUGAAAUCCUCCUUUUGCCUGUUUACUUCAGGAAAUCUGGUUUUCCAUUUGAACGUCUGAAAACAUGUAAGACUAGUUGUAAAACGACAUUAGUUCCAUAAGCUUUCUCAUAUGGUAGGCUAUGAAGAAGGACACAUUUCUGUUUGUUUUUUCAAUAGUCACAUAUUACAAUCCCAGUUUUACAUCUUGGAAGAAACAUGAGAAGAACUUGCAGUGUAAAGUACAUUUUAAUGUGAUUGGCUGAUCACCCCACAUUGUAUUGUUUCACUGAGGAGUUGCAGUAUUGAAACCAGUUGUAUUCUAUGUGUAAUGAGGAGCAUCCAAUCAUGGAAUAUAAAGUUCUAUCUAUAACC